UAUAGGCCACGUGUUUUCAUCACGUGCCAACGAGCGCCGCCGGAGCAAGAUCUCUCCGGUGUCAAAAGUCUCUCUUUUAGGGCUCAAAUCGAAGCCCAAGGUCAAACCCCAAAUUCAGUGAACAACCUCCGUCUUCGUCAUCGACGAUUCACUCCAAGCGGGUGCUAGGGUCAACCUCAUCGGCACCGGAGUCCACUACGCCGGUGGCCAUCGACGAAGCCUCCCAGAUCUUCCAGGAUUGCAUGGACAUCAAAAUGAAGUAUAAGAGAGAGAACAAUUCCAAUUCGAGGUCCAGUAUUUUUGGGAGGAUAUGGUUUUCUUUGCGGAUGUUUCUGUUCAGUGUGCUCUCCUUUGGUCCUAUGCCUGCACACAUUGCUUUCAUUAUGGAUGGAAAUCGUCGAUAUUCAAAGAAACAUAAUGUCAAACAAGGUAGUGGACACAAUGUUGGCUUCUCUGCUCUCAUAUCCACCCUUCAAUACUGCUAUGAAUUGGGUGUGAAGUAUGUGACUGUUUACGCCUUCAGUAUUGACAACUUCAAACGAAAACCAGAGGAAGUCCAGUCCUUAAUGAAUCUUUUGACAGAGAAGAUUGAUGAGAUGUUAGAAGAAACCAGUGUCGUCAAGGAGUAUGGUAUCAGAGUUAAUUUUUGGGGUGACUUAAAUCUAUUGACCGAACCUGUGAGGCUGGCAGCUAAGAAGGCAAUGGCGGUAACCGCUGAAAAUACAGGCCCUGUGCUCUCAGUUUGUGUUGCCUACACUUCCACUAAUGAAAUCUUGCAUGCUGUCCAAGAAUCUUGUGCUGAGAAGAAUAACAGUAUGGCUGUAGGGUAUUCUAAUGGACGCAUUAAUUCUUCAGAAGGUUUGCUUUCAGUGGCCGAUUUGGAACAGCACUUUUACAGUGCUUCUUUCCCGGAACCUGAUAUCGUCGUUAGGACAUCAGGAGAGACUCGUUUGAGUAAUUUUCUUCUAUGGCAGACUUCAUUUAGCCAUUUGCAGAAUCCGAUUGCUCUGUGGCCUGAGUUCUCUCUCAGGUAUCUCGUAUGGUCUAUCUUGCAAUAUCAGAAAGCCUAUCCAUCUUUACAAGAGCAAAGAAUCAGGAGUAAGAAAACACAUUGAUGUUUUGCUUUGAAUCCCUUCAUUACUAUACCUUGAAAAAUAAUGCACUUUGUCAUAAUACUGCCGGUCAUACAAUACACCAACCAUGUUAUGCCUUUUAAAAAAAAAAAUUCUGAGAAAGAAGAUGUCGAAGCUAUUGGAAUCAUGUCAAAACUUCUUUGUUAUAAUGCUGAUAUAUCACAGUUGACCUUUCAAUUUUGAAGGAAAUGAAAUAGUAAUUGCCCAAUUAUAAAAGUAUGUUUUUUUUAGUGUCUGAUCUGUAUAAUGUACAAGCAGGGAAAUUCAUUCUU